AUGUUUCCCAGUUGCCGGGACAACAUGCAGCCUCCAGAAACCCAACAUUCCAGUUCUCAGUCCCGCCGCCGACGGAAAUUUGCCACCCUGGAUUGGUUCCCAGAACCCAGUCUCCUCCUCUGGCUCCUAGAUCGUUGGGCCUUUUCUCUGCCCCUCCUCGACAGCAAGGAAAUACGACCUAAGACCAAAGAAAAAGGGACAAAAGCUGGGACACAGAAGAAGAAAAGGAAUGCAGCUGUUGAUGAGGCAGAUGUGGAGACUGAAUCCAUUCACAGGCUGGCACUGCUGGAAAAGGAGCUGCUCCAAGACCACUUGGCUCUGUGGAGGGAUGAGGCCCGCCGAGCCAAGGCUUCUGAAGACCAGCUGAAGCAGAGGAUACAAGAACUGGAGGCUGAACUGGAGGGGGCCUGGAGUGAAGGGAAGGCCAUAUAUGCAGAGAUGAGACGUCAGUGCUGCACCCUGCAGGAGGCUAUGGAGACCCAGAGCAGACAGCUGGAGGAGGAAGUGAGGGGCCUUCGGGAGCAGUUAGAGAUGUGCCAGAGGGAGGCUGAGGCUACACAGAGAGAGGCCGUGCGGGCCAUUGGAGAGUGGGACCGAACUCUGGCUCAGCUUCGGGACCACGUGGCAGACAUGGAGGCCAAAUAUGAGGAAAUCUUACAUGACAGCCUAGACUGGCUCUCGGCCAAACUGAGACCAGCCGUCAAGCCUCAGUGGGAUGGGGCGGUGCUGAGACGCCACGCCCGGCACAAUGAACAGCUCCGCCAGUUUGGACUCAAUCCCCUGGAUCUUUGA